UUUUCACAUCGACUCCAACAAACUCUCCGCCGCCGCGGCCUAGCGUUCACGAUCCGUCGUUGCCGUGAUUUUAUUUCCUCAUGUCCGUCUAUCCGAGCCCAAACCGAGCGGGACACACCGCCUUAUGAGGGACUGAACGCGGGACAGUUUAAUUAAAAGGAGUCUUUAACCUGAAAGCGAGUGAAAUUACUGUAAACGGCGCGCGCGAGCGAUGACAUCCCGGAGGUGGUUUCACCCCAACAUCACCGGAGUGGAGGCAGAGAACCUUCUACUUACUCGAGGUGUGGAUGGAAGUUUUCUGGCCCGUCCCAGUAAAAGCAACCCAGGAGACUUUACGCUGUCUGUCAGGCGAAAUGGUGCCGUCACGCACAUUAAGAUCCAGAACACAGGAGACUAUUAUGACUUGUAUGGCGGAGAGAAGUUUGCCACGCUGGCUGAGCUGGUGCAGUACUACAUGGAACAUCACGGACAGCUGAAAGAGAAAAACGGAGACGUCAUUGAGCUCAAAUAUCCGCUCAACUGUGCCGAUCCCACCUCAGAGAGGUGGUUUCAUGGUCACCUGUCUGGCCGCGAGGCUGAGAAGCUCCUGACUGAGAAGGGAAAGAACGGAAGUUUUCUGGUCAGGGAGAGUCAGAGUCACCCUGGAGAUUUUGUGCUGUCGGUACGAACCGGUGACGACAAGACGGACAGCAGCGAUAGCAAACCCAAAGUCACACACGUCAUGAUCCGCUGCCAGCAUGAUUUGAAAUUUGAUGUUGGUGGUGGAGAGAAAUUCGACUCGCUCACAGACCUGGUUGAACACUACAAGAAGAACCCUAUGGUCGAAACUCUAGGUACCGUCCUGCAGCUCAAACAGCCUCUGAACACCACCCGCAUUAACGCAGCGGAGAUCGAGAUUCGGGUACGAGAGCUCAGCAAGCUGGCAGAGGCCACUGAUAAGGUCAAGCAGGGCUUCUGGGAGGAGUUUGAGACACUUCAGCAGCAGGAGUGUAAACUCCUGUAUAGUCGCAAGGAAGGUCAGCGGGCUGAGAAUAAAAACAAGAACAGAUAUAAGAACAUUCUUCCCUUCGACCACACACGUGUCGUGUUGAACGAUGGGGAUCCCAACGAGCCCGGAUCCGACUACAUCAACGCCAACACCAUCAUGCCUGAGAUCGAAACCAAAUCCAACAAUUCCAAGUCGAAGAGGAGCUACAUCGCCACGCAGGGCUGCCUGCAGAACACCAUCAGUGACUUCUGGAGGAUGGUGUUCCAGGAGAACACUCGCGUCAUCGUCAUGACAACGAAGGAAGUGGAACGAGGAAAGAGUAAGUGUGUAAAGUAUUGGCCUGACGUGUCGGCGUUGAAAGAGUACGGAGCCAUGCGUCUGCGUAACGUGAAGGAAACAACGGCGCAUGAUUACACCCUUCGAGAGCUUAAGUUGUCAAAAGUCGGGCAGGGCAACACUGAGCGUACGGUGUGGCAAUAUCAUUUCCGUACCUGGCCAGACCACGGUGUGCCCGGAGACCCCGGCGGCGUGCUGGACUUUCUGGAAGAGGUGAAGAUGAAGCAGGAGAACAUAACAGGGGCUGGAGCCAUUGUGGUGCACUGCAGUGCUGGGAUCGGACGAACAGGAACAUUUAUUGUGAUUGACAUCUUAAUAGACAUCAUCAGAGAAAAGGGAGUGGACUGUGAUAUUGACGUGCCCAAGACGAUCCAGAUGGUGCGAUCUCAGCGCUCAGGGAUGGUUCAGACAGAGGCGCAGUAUCGCUUUAUCUAUAUGGCUGUACAACAUUAUAUUGAAACUCUACAGCGCCGCAUAGUGGAGGAGCAGAAAAGUAAAAUUAAAGGACGUGAGUACACCAACAUCAAAUACUCUCUGUCUGACCUGACUGGAGGAGAUCAGAGCCCGCUGCCCCCCUGCACACCCACCCCAACCUGUGCUGACAUGAGGGAUGACAGCUCGCGGGUCUAUGAGAAUGUGGGUCUAAUGCAACAGCAGAAGAGUCACAGAUGAGGUCUAAUCUCCAGCGUUGUUCAGAACACAGGAAGUGAUUUUGUUGUGCCAGACGCUCCUGAAGGCCUGAGAUGUGACCAAGACUAUACAGAGAGACACCAUAAAAAGACAAAAAAGCUGAAAAAACGGUCCACACAAGCUCAGAGACAUGGAUGGAGUGAAUUUAAUUUCUUCCUCCAGCUACGUAGCCUUUUUACCCCACACUAAAAAAACACUGUGACCAUUUUAAAGCCUUAUACUGAAUAAACCCACAACAAGUCCUGCAAAAUCAUGUUCUGUUGGGUGUGGAGUUCUCUCAGAUGAUUCAGGCUACAUUUAGCACGUGUGGAAAAACGUUUUUCUCUCGUUCACCUCUAAAGUCGUCCGUUUGUUUCCUUCUCAUCUAACUGUUAAAAUUAAAGCUCUUUCUGAAAAGCAUUACCUGUGAUAUUCUAGCAGAAAUAAGUCUACGUUUAUUUGAAAUCAUCAUGUCAGCUUUUACUUAUAAUAAUAAAAUAAUCAGGAACAAAACAGAAAGGAUUCCCAGAAGAGAAUAAGGUGCUUCUUUAACAUUACGUUUGUUGUUUGCCAUACAAAAAUGUCCAGUUUGUUAUUUAAGUAAGAGUAUUUCUCAGUGCCAUCAGACUGAAUUCAGACUUCAUUUUAGUAUCAGCUUCAAGAAUUAUGUCCCAAUUGUCCAUUUUCACGUCUUUUGCCUUCAGUUCAAGCCCAGCGUCUUUAAGACUUUUAAGACUCCAAACACCAGGAGAACUUCAGCCCAGACGGGUCAGAACAUCUUUGCCUUUUCAUCCCAUUUCAACAGAUGUCCUGAUUCCCAGUGCUGGGGUCAAGGACCUUUUCAUGGGAUGAAACAUUUGCAUCUUUGGCUUGUGUUUCACAAUCUGUUAUACAUUUUUUAAAGAGAUUUUGCUGUCUUUUUUAAAAUAGCGAGUUAUUCACGUCAAAUCACCACAUGAACUUAAUUUCCAGAUCACUGUUUUAAAAGCGACUGCACAUUUGUAACCCUUGUGAUGUGUUAGGGGUUUUCAAGUGCUAUUAUGACCCUCUAUGAUGGACAAACUUGAUUAAUGAUUGAAUUGUUUUGCCCACACUUAAUUGCGAUGCUGUCUUGUAAUUGUCUAAAAAUGUUUUCACUUUCCUUGUUUUAACACUUUAAUCUUUGCUUACUAAACCAAAAUUUUCCAUGUUGUUAAUUGUCAAGUUGUCAGCAGUAUUUGGUCAUUCAUUUAUUUAAAAUUGUCUUGGCAAGUGCUUUUGAAAGUUAAUGCAUCUUCUUGUCAUUUCAAAUGUAACCUGUCAGCAUUUUGUCUUCUCUGGUACUUUACCCACGGCCUUCACGAAAAGUGUCUUUGUUCAUGUUAUUAUAUGGCCUUGAUUUUCUUGCUUUAUUCACCCUGAUCAUUGGCCUCCUAAACUGUGUGAAAUUAUGCUAAGUCUGUGCUCUUUGAGUUUGUUUCUCACAGACGGUGAGCACAGCCCAUUAGCCCGGGGGAUGUAUCAAGUGUAGUGUGUUUAUUGUCCUGAGGCGUGUGAGUGUGUUUGUAUCUUGAGAACACUGCUGUUCGCUCUUUGAAGUCUGAUGUUUUGUUUCAGCCAUGCUUUUCUUUCUUUCCAUGGAGCAACGCUUUGUCACAACGAUGUAAACAUUUUCACACGUCUACGUGUGUCAGUGACCAACAUCUUUUUUCUUUCUUUGAAGACAUACGCAGCCCCAGUCCUCUUCACUAAACAUAGAAUACGGUCCAAAACAACUAAUGUGAAUUUUUGUCAUCGUGAAGAGAACGGGAUGGUUGUUGAACUCAAUGCAAACAAACUAUAUUUUUUAAACUUGUAUAUUGUACAUGAAUAUCUUGUAGAGAAGAAUGUACUUACUAAACAUAUGUAAUUGCCAUAAAGAUAUACUGUAUGUUUAACCCAGCGUCUCUUCUUGUGCCAGACGGUGAGCCUUACACAAGCUAAUAGGGUUGAUCGUGUUGUUGGGCUAUCAAUGCAUUAACCAACAUGAACUCCUUCAUUACAAUAAACAAGAAGCUCACAACUUCA